GCGAUCCGAUGGCGGCGGGUCGCGGGCCUCGCCACGGGUUCAAGUGCGUGCCCGAGGUGGGCACCGCGGCCCCGGGAGCGAGUUCUCCCCGGCCGGCCACCUCACCGGGAGUUCCGAGCGCCCGCGGCCUUGGGGAACCCCUCGGCCCCGGCCCGCCCGGACGCGCUGGGCCGCCCGCCUGGGGCCCGAACUCGCGCGCCCGGCAUCGGGUGGUUAAUGAGGCGCGCGGGCGAUCACCGGGUCCCAGCUCCUCCUGUCCCCGUCCGCGGUCCGGGGCCCACGGCCGGGGGUCUCCCCCGGGCUCAUCGCGGAGGCUCCGCCUGGAAAAGGAGUGCGACUUCCUCUCCACGCCGCUCCGAGUGGACUGUGGGACCGGCGGGAAGCGGCUCGAGCGCCCCGUCUGCGCCGUUGGGAGGAGAAGCAGCCCCCACCCGAGCCCUGCCGCCCCCUCCCCACACAGCCCCGCGCAGGCUUUAGAAGUUGUGAGGACCCAGAUCUGGGACCAGAUCAAGGAGGUGUACAAGCCCGGUACCGUGACAAUCCCCCACCCGUUCCAGGCCGGAGACCGAGUGCUUAUCAGACGCCACCGACCCAGCAGCCUUGAGCCUCGGUGGAAAGGCCCGUACCUGGUGUUGCUGACCACCCCGACCGCAGUAAAAGUCGACGGUAUCGCUGCCUGGGUCCAUGCUUCUCACCUCAAGCCUGCACCACCCUCGGCACCAGAUGAGUCUUGGGAGCUGGAAAAGACUGAUCAUCCUCUUAAGCUGCGUUUUCGGCGGCGGCAGAACGGGUUGGAGUGAAAACCCUCACCAGCCUGUGACCCUCACCUGGCAGGUACUGUCCCAAACUGGGAACGUUGUCUGGAAGACAGAGAAAGUCCAGCCCCCUUGGACUUGGUGGCCCAUUCUUACACCUGAUGUAUGUGCCCUGGCGGCCGGUCUUGAGUCCUGGGAUAUCCCAGGAACCGAUGUAUCAACCUCUAAGAGAGUCAGACCCCCUGACUCAAACUAUGAAAAUGCUUAUAGACAGAUCACCUGGGGAGCCAUAGGAUGCAGCUACCCUAAGGCUAGGACCAGAAUGGCAAGUUCCACCUUCUACGUGUGUCCCCGGGAUGGCCGGUCCCUUUCAGAAGCUAGAAGGUGUGGAGGGUUAGAAUCCCUGUAUUGUAAAGAAUGGGGUUGUGAAACCACGGGGACUGUUUAUUGGCAACCUACGUCCUCCUGGGACCUCAUAACUGUAAAAUGGAAUAACACAGAGCGAUCAUGGGGUGCCCUACUGGCAACCUGUGAAAAAACCGGCUGGUGUAACCCCCUUAAAAUAAAUUUCACAGAACAAGGACGGCAAUCCAAAGAGUAGAU